GGUCCUCGGCGGGCCCGGGGGAGGGCCCUCUUUGUGGCUGCAGUUGGCAAGAUGGCGCCGGUGGGGGUGGAGAAGAAGCUGCUGCUGGGCCCUAACGGGCCCGCGGUGGCGGCCGCCGGCGACCUGACCACUGAGGAGGAGGAGGGCCAGAGCCUAUGGUCCUCGAUCCUGAGCGAGGUGUCCACCCGCGCCAGGUCCAAGCUGCCGUCCGGCAAGAACAUCCUGGUUUUCGGUGAAGAUGGUUCUGGUAAAACAACCCUCAUGACUAAACUUCAAGGAGCUGAGCAUGGCAAAAAAGGAAGAGGCCUAGAGUAUCUCUACCUCAGUGUCCACGACGAGGACCGAGAUGAUCACACACGCUGCAAUGUGUGGAUUCUGGAUGGAGACUUGUAUCACAAAGGUCUGCUGAAAUUUGCAGUUUCUGCUGAAUUCUUGCCGGAGACCCUGGUGAUUUUUGUUGCAGACAUGUCUAGGCCUUGGACUAUGAUGGAAUCUCUACAGAAAUGGGCUAGUGUUUUACGUGAGCACAUUGAUAAAAUGAAAAUUCCACCAGAAGAAAUGAGGGAGCUGGAACGGAAGUUUGUGAAAGAUUUUCAAGACUAUGUUGAGCCUGAGGAAGGUUGUCAAGGUUCCCCACAGAGAAGAGGGCCUCUGACCUCAGGUCCUGAUGAAGAAAAUGUUGCCCUGCCUCUUGGUAACAACGUGCUGACUCAUAACCUGGGGAUCCCAGUGUUGGUGGUGUGCACAAAGUGUGAUGCGGUGAGUGUCCUGGAGAAGGAGCAUGAUUACAGGGACGAGCACUUUGACUUCAUCCAGUCACACCUACGGAGGUUCUGCCUCCAGUAUGGAGCGGCCUUGAUUUACACAUCAGUGAAGGAAGAGAAAAACCUCGACUUGUUGUAUAAGUACAUAGUUCAUAAAACAUAUGGUUUCCACUUUACCACGCCUGCCUUAGUUGUGGAAAAGGAAGCAGUUUUUAUACCUGCAGGCUGGGACAAUGAAAAGAAAAUAGCUAUUUUACAUGAAAAUUUCACAACUGUGAAGCCAGAAGAUGCAUAUGAAGACUUUAUUGUGAAACCUCCUGUGAGAAAGCUGGUCCACGACAAAGAGUUGGCAGCGGAGGAUGAGCAGGUGUUCCUAAUGAAGCAACAGUCACUCCUUGCCAAGCAGCCAGCCACACCCACGAGAGCCUCCGAAUCCCCUGCAAGAGGACCCUCUGGCUCUCCAAGAACCCAGGGCCGGGGAGGGCCAGCCAGCAUGCCUAGUGCCUCCCCAGGCACAUCAGUAAAGAAGCCGGACCCAAACAUCAAAAAUAAUGCAGCAAGUGAAGGGGUGUUGGCCAGCUUCUUCAAUAGUCUGUUGAGUAAAAAAACAGGCUCUCCUGGAAGUCCUGGUGCUGGUGGGGUGCAGGGCACAGCCAAGAAGUCAGGACAAAAGACUGUGUUGACAAAUGUUCAGGAAGAACUGGAUAGAAUGACUCGAAAACCAGACUCCAUGGUAACAAACUCUUCAACAGAAAAUGAAGCCUGAUCCUCCUUAAAAAGUGCAUAUGUAAAAUGACCAAAUAACUAUAUUGAUCUGCUCUAAGACCAGGAUUUUUCUGAUAUGGCACAUGCUAUCAGUUUUUUGGGGCAGGGGAGAUGAACUUAAAAAAAAAAAAUACUUCAUUGGCUUGUCCGAGUGUGAAAUGCACCUUUAGGAAGGUUAUGUGUCAGACCCCUUUGUGAAGGAUAACCCUUGGACUCUCAGGCAUGUGGCUCUCUCAUGGGCAGCAAGUGCAGCUGGGCUUCUUGGGGAGGGGAAGGUAGAUGGAGAGAAAGAGGGCCCACUUACUUUCAGGGUGGAGCCAAUGAGACCAGGAAGUCAUUGAUCAGAUGGUGGCUAGUCUGACCAGUUGCAUGUUAACAGAUUCACUUGUUCUUGGGAAGCAGAUUAAGUAGCAGAAAGUCCAGGAAAGAGAAAGACUGAAAGGAGGAAUGAGAGAAGUGUUGGUAGGGAAGCUGAAUGUUGCAGGAAGUGGAGGAGGAGGAGAUGAGCAGUGUUAGUAAAUACUGUGUGUUCAGUAGAAGUCGAAUAAUCAUUUUUAAGACUUAAAAUCAGAAGCAUUUCCAAACUAAACACUAAGCAAAAUGGGAAUUGGACUUGUUCUGAAUGCAUCUUUAACUUAUGAAAGAUGUGUUAAGUGUGGGGAUGCCUGAGUCAGGUGGAGCCGGUAUGGGGGUGGGGAAGAUGGCAGCUGCCCAGGACUCACGUGCUUAGCCCAGGCCAUGUCCUUGUGGGAGGUGUUGGGCUCCACGCGUGUGUGUCGUGGGGCAGUCACUGUGGGGUAUGUUUAAGGUCAGCAGUUACAAAUUUAGUUUACUUUGAAUUGUGUUUUCUAAAUAGCUUCUGCUUUGUUUUAAAAAAAAUUUUUUUUUUUAACUACCACAGGCUGGCCUACUAGUAGAGAAUGGGUGACCAACCUCUCAUUUUACCAUAAUGCAGUGUGCUACAGAAAGUUUGAAGGAGGUUUUCAAUGUAAAUACACUCCAGUUAAUUGGCUUACACCAGUCCCUGCCUUAAUGGUCAUUGGAAACCUUAGUGGAGUUCCUUUGAUGCAAAAGGGUUUUGUCCUAGCUCCCUGGUCUCAUCAGUGCUAUCAGAUGGACAAAUAAGUGUGAAUGUUUUAUAUUGAAAAUGGAAAUUUCUCUUGUUUUAUGUUUUUCAUAAACUGUAGCAUUUUUUUCUUAUGGAAAUAAGUGUUUCAAGUGUCUCCAUUUAGGGCAAAUUCAUGCACAUUGUCAUGCCACACCAUCAUCCUGGAAGUGACUUCUAUGGAUUUAAAAUGGCACUUUUAAUUUUAUACAUGACACAGAACAUUAAAAUGCAAACACUACCAUUAAUUUAAUAUAUAAAACGUUUGUUGUCAAAUCAAGGGAAAAACUACAGUUCACUUAUGUGGAAUUUACUUUUUUUAUAUGAAUGUUUGUUGUACUGUGUCUAAGCAUAACUUCCCUAAUGUCAUUACUUUUACAUACCAGAUUUGACUGACCACUAACCAUACUGGACAUAACUUAAUAUCGUAUGUUAUAUAACAAGACUCUAAGACUGUCUUGAGUUGCUUUUCUGUAAAGGUCUGAACACUGUUAAGGAGAAAGCUGAGUAUUUACUUGCCUUUCUGACAAACAUAAAAAUGUGUUUCUUGUGCCAGUCUUAUUGUUGAAAAUACACUUUUUUCCCCCCUUUUUAAUUCAGUUUUUUUUUUUUUUAAUGUGUUCUGGCUUCCAGUUACCAGAUUUUCCAGGUAAUGACAGUAAACUGACUUGGAAUGAUGGUUGUGGUGUAAUGACCAAUAGAUGCCAAACAGCUUGUGGCCACACGAACGAUGGGGUCACUUAAUCCCUCCAUAGCGGCUGGCAGGGGCAGGGAGCACAAAAUGAGUGACCUCAGAAAUAAGAAAGAAUUCUUCGAAUGGCACAUGCCUAAGAGGGAUACAGUGUGAUUUUAAAUUUUAAUGCAAAACUUUACUUUUUGUUUAUUUUUUAUCAUUUAAACUGAUAAGCACUUUUUGUGUCAAUAUAAAAUGUACUAAAACCGAAGAAAUGCUAAGACACCUGUCUUGUGAAGGAAGGUUUCUUGGAGAUCACUUUAGUUUCUCAUAACAAGUGGAUACUCCUAGGAUCAGAAGAAACUGAUGUAUAGUGUCAUGUGCUCAGUGGUUGCCAAAGUCUACCAACUUUGGGGAGCUGCAGGGUUCUUUUUAGGGGGGGUGGGAGGAGGGAGCAUAUUUUUUGUUAUUUUGGGAUUUUCAUGCAUUGGAACCAAAGGCCAAACAAUAAACAGCCUUUACUUUUUAAAGUAAAAUUCAUUUCAUUUGCAGAAUACACUUGUAUGGUAGACUGUUAAAGAUAAUUUUAUGACUAUUUAUGUACAUUGUAGUGGUUACAUCUGCUCUUUGUCUUUAAAAUGGAAAAAUCAAAGAAAUAAGCCCAACCUUGAAGAUAAGGCCACGAUAAAGGCCAUGAAUUGGUCUUUCCUAAAAAUGCAACGGGUAUGCUGCUAGAAUUAUUUAAUUUUGUUUGCACUUUUUUUUUUGGAUUGGCAUUUUUAAACCAGUAUUUAAACUGAAGAUGUGUUUUAUUAGUUUAACAAAGUUGAAAGUGACUGCUCUGUACAUCAUGACCUUAACAAUGUUGAUGCUGUAUGUGAAAGUUCACUGUUGUCUCUAUACUAGGUUUAUUGGUGUUUUUAACUUAAAAUUAGGACUGCAGAUUAUUCCCCCACCAGCCUUAGUCCAGGGGUGUGGCUCUGUCCAGAUGCAGUAUGCAGUCAUGUGGAACCUUGCUUUCUAGUGCUGGAAAAGAAGAUGUCUCUAAUUACUGGCUUCAAUAAACACGAAUCCAGACUGCUUACAAUUUUUGGUGACUUUCUUUAUGAUAAAUCGUCCCACUGGAGAUACACUGAAUUGUCUGCUAGUCAUAUAAGGUAUCUACCAUGUAGCUAAAAAUGUAUACCUCUCUCAUUUGAAAUUAUCAGAAAUUCUGUUAAAGAAUAUUUUAAAACCAUAUUUUGAUAUAUGUGGAGUUCCAGGCUGUAAGUAAAGUGCAAGGGGUGUGAGUUGUCCAACAUAUUUUCUUGUCUAUUAGAUAAGUUUUUGAUUAUCUGAAUUGGGUAAGAAAUUUUCACUUAACUAAUUUAGAAGCCUUGAGGAUUCAUAGAGGAAUUUCAGAGCAGCUGUACCAUAAUGCUUCUCACCUGCUGAAAUGGGCAACAGUAAAGUAUGUUUAAGAAAAUCGGACACUUUAUAUUAGAGAUGAAUUGUGUUUCUGAUUAUUACACUUUAAGCAUGUUGAAUUUUCUGUUCUUUAAAGCUGAUUUAUUACACAGCUUUUCUCCCCAACUUUUUAUUUUGAAAAAUUGUAAACCUACAGAAAAGUUGGAAGAGGAUAUAUUGAAUACCCAUGUUCUUUUACAUAGAUUCACCAGUUACUAACUUUUUGCCAUAUUUGCUUUCUCUGUCCCUCUCUUCCUCCCUCCCUCCUUCCCUAUAUCUGUCUCAAUACACACACAUAUACUUUUUUCCCCGAGUCAUUUAAAAUAAGUUUUAAACACCAGGGCAUUUCACCCCUAAAUAUAUUAGCUGAGUCCAGGCCAGUUGUCUUAUAGAAUAUCCCACAGUCUGGAUUUGUCUUAUUGUUUCCUCAUGAUUUCAUUUAGGUUAAACAUUUUUUGUAAGAAUGCUAUAAGUGAGAUUGUGUAUGUUCCAGUAUUGCACAUCAGGUUGUCCCUGUAUUGGUGAUGCUGGGUUCGAUGCCUUGUUUAAGGUAGUGUCCCCUAUGUCUAUCAAAGUGGGGUGAUACCAUUGAAGAUGUUGGAUUUCAGCCACCUUUUUACACAUCAUUUUUAUGACAUCCACUGAUGAUCUUACCUAAAUCAGUUACCACAUUAGGAGUUCUUAAAUGGUAAUUUUCUUAUCCCAUCAUUCCCCUACAUGUAUUAGCUGGCAUUCAUCUAUAAAGAAGAGUUUUCUUUCCUCUACCCUUUUUGGGUAGUUAUUUUCACUAUGAAUUUACAGUUUUGUUUUUUUAAUUCAAAGUGUUAUAAUCUAAUAACUCAUACUUUUUAAUGCUCAAAUUGUUCCAGAUUUGAUGAGUGGGAGCCUCUUCAACCAGUUGUGUCCUUUUUUUCCCUUUUUUAAAAAAAAAAUUUUUUUUAAGGGAAUUCCUUUAUUUUUAUUAUUUAUUUAUUUUUGGCUGUGUUGGGUCUUCGUUUCUGUGCAAGGGCUUUCUCUAGUUGUGGCAAGCGGGGGCCACUCUUCAUUGCAGUGUGCAGGCCUCUCACUAUCGCGGCUUCUCUUGUUGCUGAGCACAGGCUCCAGACGCACAGGCUCAGUAGUUGUGGCUCAUGGGCCUAGUUGCUCUGCGGCAUGUGGGAUCUUCCCAGACCAGGGCUCGAACCCGUGUCCCCUGCAUUGGCAGGCAGGUUCUCAACCACUGCGCCACCAGGGAAGCCCCUUUUUUUUCCCUUUUAUUGAGAUACAAUUCACAAUAUAAAAUUCAUCAUUUUAAACUGUUCAUUUCAGGGCUUCCCUGGUGGCGCAGUGGUUGAGGGUCCGCCUGCCUAUGCAGGGGAUGCGGGUUCGUGCCCUGGUCCGGGAGGAUCUUGCAUCCCGUGGAGCGGUUAGGCCCGUGGGCCGUGGCCGCUGGGCCUGCGCGUCCAGAGCCUGUGCUCCGGGACGGGAGGGGCCGCAGCGGUGAGGGGCCCGCGGACUGCAAAAAAAAAAAAGUUCAUUUCAGGGGUUUUUAGUAUGUAUAUUCACUCUGUUGUGCACCCAUUGCCACCAUCAAAUUCCAGAGCAUUUCCAUCACCCCAAAAAGAAACUCCAUACCUAUUAGUCCCAUUUCUUCCCUCCCACCAUUCCUAGCAACCACGAAUCUUUCUGUCUAUGGAUUUGCCUAUUCUGGAUAUUUUACAUAAGUGGAAUCAUACAAUAUGUGGCCUUUUUGUAUCUGGCUUCUUUCAUUUAGCAUGUUUUCUAGGUUCAUCCAUGUUGUAGCAUUGUGUCAGUGCUUCAUUCCUUUUUGUAGCUGAAUAAUGUCCCACUGCAUGGAAAACCAUAUUUAGUUUAUCCAUUCAUCUGUUGAUGUAUAUUUGGGUUAUUUCCAAUUGUUACUAUGAAUGAGGCUGCUGUGAACAUUCAUAUAUAAGUUUUUGUGUAAACAUAUGUUCUUUUGGCAGAUACCUAGAAGUGGAAGUGCUGGGUCAUAUGAUAAUUCUAUUUUAGCAGAAAAUCACCAAACUUUUCCAUAGCAACUGAACCAUUUUAUGUUCCUGCUAGCAAUGUAUAAUGUUCUUUCUCCAUAUCUUGGCCAACACUUGUUUUCUGGGAGUUUUUUGUUUGUUUAACUAUAGUUAUCCUAGUGAGUGAAAUGGUACCUUAGUGACUAAUGAUGUUGAGCAUCUUUUCAUGUUGUUAUUGGCUAUUUACAUAGCUUCUUAGGAGAGAUGUCUAUUCAUAUCCUUUGCCCACUUUAAAAUUAUUUGUCUUACUGCAUAAUUGUAAGAGUUCUUUAUAUAUUCUGGAUACUAGACUCUUACAGAUACAGCUGUGUCCUUUUGACUCGCCCCCAUCGUUCUUUGAACAUUUCCCUACUUCCUGGCACAAAAAGAUGUUCCAGGCCCACCUUGCAUUUCCCCUGCCUCUGACCUGGAAUGAGCCAUUUUCCCAGCGAGUCCUGGUUUCUUUUAGUGGGGAUUGGUAUUUAGAAACCAAGAUCUGGACUGUAGGCAUGCUUAGUGUUACUGGGUGCUGUUGCAUCUAGGCCCUUUCGGUGGACAUGCAAUUUCACUGAACAUUGCCUAAAAGUUAUAUAUCAGUUCAGUUUACUAUUCUUGUUUAUGGCUGUAUAGUAUUCUUGUUUAUGGCUGCAUAGUACUUGAUUAUGUGGAUGUACCAUAGUUUAUUCAACCAGUCUCUUAUAGAUAGACAUUUAAGACAUUUCCAGUCUUUUGUUUUUACAUAAUGCUGCAAUGAAUAACCUUGUGUGUGUGUUGCUUUUAUUUCUGGAGAUGCACCUUCAGGGUAAAUUCCUAGCCAUGGGUCUUCCUUGUCAAAAGAUAAAUGUAGUUUGUUUUGUUUUGUUUUUUAAUUUCGUGUGAAUUCCUUUAUUGCAAUACUCCCUUUGUUGUUGUUGUUUUUGGCUGCAUUCAGUCUUCAUUGCUGCGCACGGGCUUCUCUAGUUGUGGUGAGCAGGGGCUACUCUUUGUUGUGGUGCGUGUUGUCUUAUUGUGGUGGCUUCUCUUGUUGCAGAGCAUGGGCUCUAGGUGCACAAGCUUCAGUAGUUGCAACACGUGGGCUCAGUAGUUGUGGCAUGAGGGCCCUAGAGUGCGUGGGCUUCGGUAGUUGUGGCACGCAGGCUCAGUAGUUGUGGCUCGCAGGCUCUAGAGCACAGGCUCAGUAGUUGUGGCGCAUGGGCUUAGUUGCUCCACGGCAUGUGAGAUCUUCCCAAACCAGGGAUUGAACCCGUGUCCCCUGCGUUGGCAGGCGGAUUCUUAACCACUGCACCACCAGGGAAGUCCUCCCUUUUUUUUGUUGUUUUAAUUGGAGUAUAGUUGAUUUACAAUGUUGUGUUACUUUCUGCUGUACAGCAAAGUGAAUCAGUUAUACAUAUACAUAUAUCCACUCUUUUUUAGAUUAUUUUCUCAUAUAGGCCAUUACAAAAUAUUGAGUAGAGUCCCUGUGCUAUACAGUAGAUCCUUAUCUAUUUUUUUUUCCUUAUCUAUUUUAUGUAUAGUAAUGUGUAUAUGUCAAUCCCAAUCUCCCAAUCUAUCCCUCCCCACCCCUCUUACACCCUGGUAACGAUAAGUUUGUUUUCUGUAUCUUUGAGUCUGUUUGUAAAUAAGUUCAUUUGUAUCAUUUUUUAAGAUCCCACAUGUAAGCAAUAUCAUGUAUUUGUCUCUGUCUGGCUUACUUAGUAUGAUAAUCUCUAGGUCCAUCCAUGUUGCUGCAGAUGGCAUUAUUAUUUUUUAUGACUGACUAGUAUUCUAUUGUGUGUAUAUAUAUAUAUACCACAUCUUCUUUAUCCGUUUAUCUGCCAAUGGACAUUUAGGUUGCUUCCACGUCUUGGCUAUUGUAAAUAGUGCUGCAUGAAUCUUUUCAAAUUAUGGUUUUCUCCGGGUAUAUGCCCAGGAGUGGGAUUGCUGGGUCAUAUGGUAGUCCUAUUUUUAGGAAACAUCUAUUUGUUAGAUGUUUUCAAAAUCCCUUCCAUAAAGAUCACAUCAUUCUGUACACCUAUCAGCAGUUGUGGAAAUUAUUAACUUGUUAUAUAUUGCCUUAAAAUUGAGUUUAGGAAAUUUUGUGAAUACUUACUUUAGGGAUUACUUAAUUUGGUGAUACUAGCAGUAACAUUGUCAUGGCAGAUAUUUAUAUUAGAGAUUGCUAUCUCAUCUAUUAGCAAGGAGGAGUCAGUGACUCCUCUAGAUGUUGUAUGUAAAUUGAUUUAAUCUUUAUAAAGACCCUGUGAGGCAAACUAAAGAUGGAUAGGUGAGGCAGCUACCAGGGUCAGAGCCAGAAUUUGAACCCAGUCAGCGGUGCUGUGCUCGUAUUCAUUGUACUCAUUUUUAAAGCAGAUGGGGGGAAAUAAAAGCAAUUGGAAGUGUUUCAUCUGUGGUCUUAAGCACACAUGGUGCUCCUGUUCAACCUUUUCCCCUUUCUGUUGGGGAUGAAGGAGACAUUCUUGUUAGGCGGAAGAAAAAUGGCAGAGAAUGUACCCAAAGGGAAGGUGUACAAUCACCUAGGCAAAGGGGGAUGGGAUUGCAGUCAGUUACUUUGCUGAGAAAGGCAGGUUGGGAUGCCUGCCACUCUGCUUCUUGGAAGGAUCUCUGCCUCUUAAGGCAUGAAUGGCUUUGGGGGUCAUCUGUGGUAAGGGCUCUUGGCCUGAGAUGUAGACCUUCAUCAGUACAAAUACUCCUGAAUAUACAAGUAAGGGGGAGGGCAUGGGCUCCAGUGGGUUCCAAUCCUGGUGCUUUCUUUGACCUACGGAAGUCUCAUUACUUUUGAAUCAGGAAAGUACAGUUUAGACAGAUGAGAAAUUGAUCAAGAAGUAGAACAAGAAAACAGUCAAAAUUGGGGAACUUCACUUCUCUUAGGCCUCCUUUCUUUGUAAAGUGGGGAUAAAAUUUCUUUCCUGUCAUUGUGAACAUUAGAGGAGGUGCACGUGUGCCCGGCAUAUAGUAGGUCUUCAGUGUGAUGGUUGACCCUGUAGGAAACUCUUCAGUUAAUGUUGUUCCAGCAAGCCCAUUUGUUUUUUUUUGUUUGUUUGUUUUAAAUAAAUUUAUUUAUUUAUUAUUUA